AUAACGUCAAAUAGAAUAAACGAACACACUAAAUGCCAAGCAUUUUCUAAAGGACGGUGGGCUAAUGUUCACGGAAAAUUGUGUUGAAACUGCGGCGCAAGGAAAUUCUGUGGUCGGUCUCUCCAUUUUACAUCAUCACAUGCAUGUCCUUCGGAAUCUUCAGGUGAUUAGCUGUACAAGGGAUUCACGACGCUUUUAAGAAGACCAAACUCAACGCUACAGCUAUUUGGAUCAUUCCCUUUGUGGAAACACAAGACCUGUAACUAUGGCAGCCCCAGUCACAGAGGCAGAACAGAUGAAACAGUUUAGGGAAUUCCUGGGAACCUAUAACCGGCUAACAGAGAAUUGCUUCAUGGACUGUGUAAAGGACUUCACAACCAGGGAAGUCAAACAAGAGGAGACAACUUGCUCCGAAAGCUGCCUGCAGAAGUACCUGAAGAUGACACAGCGGAUCUCCAUGCGUUUCCAGGAGUACCACAUCCAGCAGAACGAAGCCUUGGCUGCCAAAGCUGGUUUACUUGGGCAGCCACGGUAGAGGAGGAUAUCUCCUCUUAAUAGACUCCAGAGCCUUAACAUCCGCAUCAGAAUAGGCCAAGGUCCCUCUAGCAUCUACAUGGAGGAAAGAUCCUCAUGGAUGCACAGCGUGGCCAAAACAUGCCAGAAGCAGGUCACAACUGUUCUUGCGCCUACCUCAGCGUCGAAGGCUGAAGCUUUCUGACUGGAGGGACUUUUGAUUUCGUUCUCUGAAGACAGCACUGUGGUUCUAAACCAUUUGUGGCUUGACCGAUGACCAGCUGGUAUCGUGGUCACGUCAAGGCACAUUGUGAAACACAUUCAUAUUCCAUUAUAUAAAAAUGUGAGCAAUUAAAUGUCAACAUCAAGAGUUGUUUUCUAAUUUUCUUUUUCACCGUCAGUAGGCAUAACAUGCUAUGGAGGAUGCCUGGUAAAAUAACUUCAUGACAGAUGGAACUUAAAAGAGCAACAUUUGUCAUAGUUAGUUUUAGGACUGUGCACUGUAUUAUUAUUAUUUUUUAAGAAUAUUGAAGUGGCCAUCUUGUUAAGACCCUAAACGUCUUAAAAAGGUGGAUGGAAAUGGUGAACUGGUCAACUACUUAAAUUGUUUUAUGGAUUUCAAAAAUAAAAUGUCUUGCCAACCAUGAA